AUGAAUUGCAAAAAAGUUUAGGAUGAAGAUUUGUAUGAGAUUUUGGCUAUAUCUAAAGCUAUUGAUGAAGUAGUCUUCCCACUUCUAAUUAAACUAUUCAAAAUAGAGAAAAUAUAAGACACUUUUUAUUUUCUCACAUAAGAUCAAAAUCAAAGGCAAGUUUAAAAAGAAAUAUUAUCUUUAGAUAAUUCAUUAUUAUUGGAAAAGGAAUAGUUGUUUAAGGUUGGAAAAAAUAACAUUAAUAGAGUAACAGAGGUUCUUCAAGCAAUUAGGGUUCAUGAGUUUAAUAUAUAGAAUUUCUCGUUAGAUGAAUAUGAAGAAAUUAAAUAAGAUAUGAUCACAAAAAUAUCUUAAGACAAGAAGAUUAUAGAACUAUUAAAAUUUUUAGUUCAUCUUACUGCCAUAGAUAAGAAAUUCAUAUAGUGUGGAUCAAAUUCUCUUCAUUUCUUAGUUUAAAUGAAAGUUGAUUUGAAAGAAUAAUGUUUUGAAAAUAUUAGAAUUUAAAAUACUUCUCUGGUAGGAGCAAAUUUCGUUAGGUGUGAUUUGAGUGGAUCUGAAUUUGAAAAUGUUAUAAUAAGCGGAAUGAAUUUAAAUUAAGCCUAAUUAUUUUAUUGUAAGUGGAAUAAUUUAAGAAUAAAUGAGCUAAAGAAGUUAAAUGGUCACAGUGGUAGUGUUAAUAAAGUUUGCUUCUCUCCAGAUUGUAAGACAUUAGCAUCUUGCAGUAAUGAUAAUUCAAUUCGUCUUUGGAAUGUGAAAACAGGAAAUGCAAAGUCUGUAUUAAAAGGAAAGAAAGAAGUUAAAUCAGUAGGCUUCUCCCCAAAUGGUACAACAAUGGCGUAUUGCUGUGGUGAUUUUGUAUAUGUAUGGAAUCUUAAAACAGGAAAAUAAAUAUCAAAAAUAUUUAAUAGUCAUUAAAGAGUGGUGAGUACAGUUUGUUUCUCUCCAGAUGGUACUUUAUUAGCAUUUGGUAGUUGGGAUUAUUCUAUCCGAUUAUUGGAUAUUAUGACAGGAUAAUAAAAAGCCAAAUUAGAUGGUCAUUCAAGUAAUGUUAAUUCAAUCUGUUUCUCUCCUGAUGGUACUAUAAUAUCCUCUGGAAGCUAUGAUAGCUCUAUUCGUUUCUGGGAUGUUAAUACAGGAAAAUAAAUAGCUUAAUUUUAAGGUCAUACUCAUUAUAUUAACUCCGUUUGUUUCUCUCCUGAUGGCUCUACAUUAUCAUCUGGCGGUUGGGAUUUAUCCAUCCGAUUAUGGGAUAUGAAAACAGGCUAAUUAAAGGUCAAAUUAGAUGGUCAUACUAAAUGGGUUUCUUCUGUCUGCUUCUCUCCUGAUGGUACUACAUUAGCAUCUAGUAGUGGAGAUAAGUCUAUCCGUUUAUGGGAUGUUAAGACAGGAAAAUAAAAGGACAAAUUAGAUGCUCAUUCGAGUGAUGUCAUGUCAGUUUGUUUCACUCCUGAUGGUACUACAUUAGCAUCUGGUAGUUGGGAUAAAUCCAUUGGUUUAUGGGAUGUUAAGACCCAAUAAUAUUAAUAAAAGUUUGAUUGCCAUUCAGAUGGAAUUUUAUAAGUUUGUUUCUCUCCUGAAGGUACUACAUUAGCAUCUGCUAGUAAUGAUAGGUCCAUUCGUUUCUGGAAUAUUAAGACAGGAUCAUAAAUAGUCAAAAUUGAUGGUCAUUCAAAUGGAAUUUCAUCAAUAUGUUAUUCUCCUGAUGGUUCUAUGUUAGCAUCUGGUAGUUAAGACUAUACUAUCCGUUUAUGGGAUAUUAAGACAGGAAAAUAAAUAGCAAAAUUAGAUGGUCAUUCUAAUGGAAUACUAUCAGUCUGUUUCUCUCCUGAUGGAACUAUAAUAGCAUCUGCUAGUCAUGAUAGGUCUAUCCGCUUUUGGGAUAUUAAGACAGGAUAAUAAAAAGCAAAAUUAGAGGGUCAUAUUAAUGGAAUAUUAUCAGUCUGUUUCUCUCCUGAUGGUAAUACAUUAGCAUCCGGUAGUUAAGACUAUUCUAUCCGUUUAUGGAAUGUUCAGACAGGAUAAUAAAAGCCAAAUUAAAUGGCCAUAUUCAUUAUGUUCAUUCAGUCUGUUUUUCUCCUGAUGGCAAUACAUUAGCAUCUGGUAGUUAAGACUAUACUAUUCGCUUAUGGGAUCUUAAUACAGGAUAAUAAAAGGUCAAAUUAGAUGGUCAUUCUAAUGGAAUUCUAUCAGUUUGUUUUUCUUCUGAUGGUACUACAUUAGCAUCUGGUAGUAUGGAUAACUCUAUUCGUUUAUGGGAUGUUAAGACAGGGUAAUAAAAAGCCAAAUUAGAUGGUCAUUCAAAUUGUGUUAAUUCAAUUUGUUAUUCCCAUGAUGGUACUACUUUGGCAUCUUGUAGUGAAGAUAAGUCGAUCCGUUUAUGGGAUGUUAAGACCAACACAUAAAUUUUAACUUCAGAUAAUGGUCGUUGUAGUAUUCUAUUAUAAUUUUAACCCCAAAUUUUUAAAGAAAGAAGUAUAAAUUUUUAUUAUUUUUAGCCACCUCUUGUAUUAAUAUUCAAUUCAUUUCUGAAUAGCCAAUAUUUUAAUCUUAAGGUACUCUAAUCUUGA